UUUAGGCACCUUCUUUAUCUAUUUUAUUUAGAUAUCACUUUUAUGAAUAAUAACAAUAAUAACAACAAUAAUUCAUCAUCUGGAACAAGCGGAGUUAGAAUUACCAGAAGAAGUGCACGUAAUUGGAUAACUUUGGUAUCUAAAGAAGCAUCUACACCUAAAUCAUCAAAAAAAGAAGUUGCUGGUAUUGCAAGUAAAUACUUGACUGGAGUAGAGGACGAAGCUGUUGUGAAAAAACUUUCUGCAAAGCGUGAAAAAGAAGCCCACGAACGUGCCCUCGCAUUUAUUCAAAAUCAACUUUUAAUAACAAGAAGAGAUAAUUGGCUAUACGAACCAGUCGAAGAAUUAAUUGGGUAUUCCUCUAAAUUUUAAAG